CUGUCAAAUACUGAAAGUGGCGUCGUCGCUGUUUUCGUAAUUUUUGAGGAAAUUUUUAAUAAAAUAUUAGUUUUAAUUAUUUUUAUUGUGUAGUUCCUGUAGAAAUGUGCUUUUAGUUUAUGUUCCAUCAUGUUUUAUCACAUCUCCUUAGAACACGAAAUACUUCUACACCCUAGAUAUUUCGGACCCCAGCUCUUGGAUACAGUGAAGCAGAAGUUGUAUACUGAAGUUGAAGGAACAUGCACAGGAAAGUAUGGCUUCGUAAUAGCUGUGACCACAAUAGAUAGCAUAGGAGCGGGGUUAAUACAGCCAGGCCAAGGGUUUGUGGUGUAUCCUGUUAAAUACAAAGCUAUUGUAUUUCGGCCUUUCAAGGGAGAGGUUUUAGAUGCUAUUGUUACACAAGUGAAUAAAGUGGGAAUGUUUGCUCAGAUCGGCCCAUUGAGUUGUUUUAUUUCUCAUCAUUCCAUACCAGCUGACAUGGAGUUUUGUCCUAAUGUCAAUCCACCCUGCUACAAGAGCAAGCAAGAAGACAAUGUAAUUCAGGAGGAAGAUGUGAUUCGGUUGAAGAUUGUGGGCACAAGAGUUGAUGCCACGGGUAUUUUUGCUAUUGGAACAUUGAUGGAUGACUACCUUGGACUUGUUACACAGUAAAAUAUAAUGCAUACCUCCAUAAAUUGUAAGACUCAUAGCAUUAAGUGUAAAAAGGAAUAAAAUAAUACAUGAUUCAUUAUUUGUAAUCAUUUAUUUGGCAUUCAAAUAAUAGGGUAAAAUUCCAUACACAAAUGUAACAAAAACAAUUCAUCAAAAAGAAUAAAAUAUUUGGACAUUUUCAGUCUAUUUGGGCAGUACAUGGUGAUGGUGGUUUACAUAAAAAUCUUUCGAUUCGUUAGUGCCUUAAAUUAUUCUACAAAUAAUCGCCUUAUAGAGCUACAAGAAAAGACUUCAUAUUGUUUGUCUUUGUUUGUAUGAAAUGCAUGAAGAUUUGUAAAUUAAUAGAAAAGUGGAUGUUAUGAAUAAUGUUAAAGCAGUAUAAUUAAUAAAAUUGUGAAGUAAUUGUUUCUGAAUGCCAAAUUUUGCAUAUUAUUCAUAAAUUCAGCUCUAAUAUUAAGAGUAUGCAUAUUUUUGAAUUCUUACAUAUCAAUAAUAUGUACAAGUUUCAAUUUUAAAAAUAUAAAUAAGAAAAUCGUAAUAAUAAUAUCCAAAGGGACAAUUCAAAGUCUUUGGUUUACCAAUUAUAUACAAAGUCAUCUUAAAUUAUGUAAGUCAAAUAAAUAAAAUCGAAUGAAAUAUUGCUUGUUAAAACACAAAUUAUAUGGCAUCUAAAUAAAUAAUACUCAUUAUGAGAUCAGAAACAAGCUAAGCAAAAUAGUGAUUGUCUAAGCACCAAAUAAGUCUAAAGUAAUAAAAAUUACUAUAAUAUGGCUUCUUUCAUACAAUUUAAACAAAUGCGCGUAAAGACAUUCGUCUUUACAAUAUAAUGUUCGGUUGUCUACAUAAUUAUAUU